CGUCGCGCAAUAGCAAAUCGCAAACAUGAAUGUGCAGUGAAAUGAAACAGGCCAUGCUCACUCGCACAUGCGCAUUCAAAUUUAAAUCAGGAAGUUUCUAAAGUGAAUAUGGCAGAAAAGAGCCCAGGACGAUAGACAAAGACGAAAUUUACGGUUCUCAUCCAUUAUCGCAAUGGCACACAAGCUUCAUUUAAAGAAGGAAACAUACAGACAAUGGGUGAAGGCCGGACUUGGCUUGAGGUAUUUAAAAGAAGGACUAGCGCCUUUUUGUGACGACAUUGCAAAACAACAACAUAAAGACAUCUUGGAUAACAUUAAAGAGAAAAACAGUAUAUCUGCAGUGACAUGUGGUAAAUGCGCUCUGAAAACCCUCAAACCGGACCAUGUAAAAAUAAAAAACAAACAUUGUCCAUUAGGUCAGUCUAACUGUAACUGCUGCCAUCCAACUGGUAAAACAUGCUGUCCGAACAACGUUUGUGGCGCCAUCUACGACCACAUUAUAACAAACCACACGUCCAAGCCACCAGCUCCUUAUUGGAAAAACACCCAAACUCAGCAGUGGACUGGAGAUCCGUGGAGUAUAGCAAAAUGUUUCAUCAACGCCCCAGGAUAUGAGCAGAAGUCAUCAGCAGCCGACAUUGACUGCACGGGAUUACUGCAUUUGAUUAUAAAUAACAAAUAUUUUCAUAAUCACAUCUCUGGAACUAACAUCUUUUUAAAGGUGCGACAACACAGAAACGAGAUAUUCCACUCAAGCACCAUGGAAUUAGAGCAGACAGAUGCAGAUGCUUACAUAGACGAUAUGAUAGCUGCGCUGCAAGAUGGUGAGGAACUAAGGAGCCGACAGGAUGCCAAAGACGCUGUCAAGAAACUUCAAGAGCUAAAGAAUGAAAAAUUUAUAAUAACCACGGAGUAUAUGGAGGAAGUUUGCCUAGAUAUGAGAGAAGAAACUGAGAGUAUUAGAAAACAAAUGGAAGGUCUAGCAACUCAGGAGGAUAUUGAAGGUCUAGCAACUCAGGGGGAUAUUGAAGGUCUAAAAAAUAUACUUUCCGGAAUGGAAUCACUAAUAUCUCAUUUAACGGAGGAGAUAAAAGAACUUAAAACAAAUCAUUCUACUCAGCAGGAACAGUCUGAUUACGAGAAGUCCAAAUCAGAUUUUCAGAAAAAUCUGAUAGAACUAUAUAGAGGUACUUUCUUAAAAGUAUCUGCAAUACCAAUGCAACCAGAUCAAAAACAUUGUAACAUCGGACGGGUGUAUAUUAGACCAAGAAUGACCUAUGAGAAACAAGAUGAAGACGGACAACGAGAGGAGACUGAAAUUCAAUCCAUGUCUGAUAUCUUCACAAAAGCCGGACACUUUAAAUCAAUAUACGUCCUGGGAGAUGCAGGCUCCGGAAAAAGCAGUUUCUGUAAAGGUUUGGUAAACGACUGGUGUUUGGCACAUUCUGACGACCAGAAAACGGAAGAUGAAGACACAUUUGCUGGAAUCGAGGAAAUGAAGAAAUUUGACUUUCUGUUUUACAUUUCUUUGCGCCACAGUAAAGAUGACGUUGGAAUUUUUCAAAUGCUUGAAAGGCAGUAUGAGAAAAAGGAUCUUUUAAAACAGCUUUUGCAAGACAAAUCAGUGAAAAGUCUUAUUGUACUUGAUGGCUUAGAUGAAUGGUCUCCACCUGCUAAGACAUCUAAUCAGUUCCAGACCGAAGGCCUUCCUGAACGUGACCUAUACAAGGAUUACGUCAUCAUUACUACGUCACGACCGUGGAAAGUGGAAACGUUAGGACUUACUGACGCAGACGUAGAACAACGGUUAGAUCUUAAAGGUUUUGAUACAUCUUCUGUUGAGACCAUGAUUAAAAAAACAGUUGCCGUUUUGAACGAAACGUUUAAGAAAAACAAAGAUUCAAGAGACUGUAAAAAUAAAAUAAUUAACAAUAAUCAAAUAGCAGAUAUUGUACAUAUACCAAUUAUGCUCCAACAACUGAUAUGUCUGUGGUUUGACGACAAACUUCCAGAAUCAUCCAGGUGUUCUGUUUACACUGGAAUGUUGGACCUCUUAUUUAAGUGGAAUGUAAAGAAGUAUCCUGAUGAUUCGUUAUUUGAGGGCAUGCGGAAGAAGUCAAAUGAUCUGAGUGAUGUUGAACUCCCUCUUUGUUUUUCGAAGAGUGAAGAGUGUAAAUCGUAUAAAUAUAUCAUUCACCGCGUAUCCAAGCUAGCGUAUGAAACAUUGUUCAAUAAUCCAAAAGAAACGUCUUUGACAUUUGACAAUUCUAUAUUUGAACAUCUAGAAAUAGAAACUGAAAUCAAAACCUGCUGUUUAAAACUAGGAAUCUUAUCUGAAGAGACAUGCCCAAGUUUUUCUGCAAGCACAAGUCAAGGCUCGAUAUUUUCCUUUAUUCACAAGUCGGUUCAGGAGUUUUUGGCAGCAGUCUAUAUUGCUAUUAAGUCCGGAGAUCAUAUCGGAUCCUCGGUCGAUGAGGAAAACGCAAAUAUAUCAAAUCGCUGUGCAUUUUUAAGAGAUUGUUUCUGCCCGAGUUCUACAAGUGAAGAUGUUUACGAAAUGGACUUUGUUAAUGAGAUUUUCAAUAAGUGUGCAUCUUUGGAUAAGAUACUAGAACAAGCAAAUGUAUUUAUUAUGCUUUGCGGUCUAGAGCCUCGAAUCGCUUUAUCCAUUUCAAAGAAAAUCUAUGAGAUUGUUAAAAUGGACGAACGCGUUCUAGAGUACAAAAAAACAAUAGAUGAUAAUGUAAGGCGCGAAAAGCUUAUAUCAAAUAUCCAGCAAUGUAUUUUGAAUUCUGUACAGGAAGGCGAAGCGUGUCAAACUCAAAAACUGUCUCAGUUUUAUUUAGGAGACAUUGUCGUGGACAGAAACGCAUGUUUUGGUCAUUUCCCUACACGUGUAGUUAGGGAGUACAUUUUACCUGACUACGUAACUUCGUUGAGAAUUAAACAGGAUUUUGAUAUUGACUGUUUGUCAACAUUUCGGCGACUUGAAGCAAUUUACAUUUACUUUUCACACGACAGACGUAAGAAAGAUGUUGGAGAUAAAAUAUGUGAAGCAAUUAAGGUCAACGCUUCAUCAUUGAAAUCUCUGUCUGUAAAUUGUAAACAUCCAAUAUAUGAAACAAUAAUAGGUUUACUUCCUAAUAUGAGGCAUCUUGUUGCAUUCGAGAUAGAGACUUUUACUGUGCCACAUACGGACUUUAACUCACUGUGCACUUUCCUAUCAGGUAGCUGUAAUCUUGAACAGAUAUCGAUCGGUGUAAAUUGUGAAUGCAAGAAACAUCAUGAAGUAGAUUUAUCCAAGCACAAAAAACUUCAGUACCUGAAGUAUGAUAAAUCUGUCGUUGGGACAUGUACUGACUCUUCUAACCUAGAAACAUUGAUAUGUACAUCAUCAACGAACAAAGGUUGUGAGAAAGUAUUUGAUAUUCUUAGUACAUCUCACAAUUUAACAAAACUUGUUUUGUUGUUUGAUCGGCCAGGUAUAUUUUCUCCAGACAGUUUAACAAAAAAACUGAUCAAAUUGUUAAAAGAAUUACAACAGCUCCGUGAACUUUUUCUAAGGGCUUUUAUAUUUACUGACAAUAUAUUCGAAUGUCCCUCUGAACUGAAGAGUAUGGAGAUCAUUCGUCUUACUGGAGCCAAAAUGAGUUUGACAACAUGGCGAAAGUUUGUUGACAGUCUUCCUGAAAUGCCACGACCUGUAAAGGUUGACACAUGGAAAGUGUGUAUAACACGAGAUGGGGAGGAAUCUAACUCUAAAAUAAACUAUUGGAAUAAAAACAGAGGAGGAGAGGAAACAGCUGCUAUCAAGUAUGUUAGAGAACAGGAGAAGUUGUUCAAUGUGGAAUAUGAAGAUGGACAAUUAUUAUUUCGUUUUUCAACAAAGAAGAAAGGUAGAGAGCAUGGUGACUUAUAAUUGCACUGAUCAAAGAAAGUUAUAGAACAAGUAUAUGUAGUGUUAGUUUCAAGUGAAUUGUUAUAUAAAAAAGGAGAUAGUGAAAUCUAAUUGCUAUAUUACACUCUUCUGUAUAUAAUUGCUUUUAAUUCAGGGCUACGGGGCUAUAGGGUAUGGACAGUAACUUGCAUUACCACUACUGGACUGGUCAUUUAACUUUUGGGGUUAAACUAAUUCAAACAUAAACUUUUUGGUGUGGAAUAAGUAGUAUGUAAGGAAACGAAACAGGGAAAAAAAUUCCUCAAAAAUAUCAAAACACACUUUUGAGAUAUUGCAUCUGGAAUUCUGAAGUAACGUGAACAUCUUAUACUUAUUGUGACCGUUACUGUGGACAAUAUGUUGUAUUGUUCUUAUUCUGUUAAACUACAGUAUAAAUGUGUUCUUUGAAUAUAAGUAAAAAUAUAUUUGAAGAUCUCUAGCACUUUCUGGUAGCCUACCUUUAGAAUUUUACCAUCUCUCUCAUAAAGCGUUGGGUGUCAAAUUCAGAACAUAGGUGUCAAAAUUCAGAACAGAAUUUCUAACCAAAUUUAUACAUGCAUAUGAGUUCUAAAACAGACUUGUCGGCAUUGGAGUUAAAAGGUUUAAACACCAAACCUGUGUAUCCCAAAGUCAGAAACAAGAAAAAAACAUUCAUAGGGGAUUCUUUAAAAAUGUAUUCAGAAUGUUACUGCAGAUGGGUGGGGUAAUAAUAUGGUAAUGAUACCAUAUUUGCUUGAAAUUCAUUAACAGUGACGACAAUGAUUUAUGCUUCUUGAACUGCGUUAUUAUGCAAUGCAUGCAUGUGAAUAAAGAAAUGAUGCUAAUAUUGUGUUUGAUUUUAUUAUAAGUAAUUUGCAAUACUUUAAUUUGUGAAAUAAAAGUCUAAAGACAGGGCCCUUUAAUAUCACCCAAUUUUCAGAGUUUGGCUUGGAUUUCUUUUGAGGAUUUUUUUCCUAUAUUGUAUACUUAAUUAAAGAUAAUAAAUCAGCAAGAAAACUUCAUGUUGGAAUUAGUUUGAAGUUCGAACAUUCUGUCUAGUAAUGUAACCUGCCUACACCGUCCAUGAACAAGCUCGAUCAAAUAGAGCCUGCAAAAUUUUCAAUUAUGUCGGAAUUAGCGACCUGUGGAGUUUUCGCUUUUUCUGUUUCCUUGGUAUAUAGAUCAUGUGUCUUACCUUGUGGCAUGACCGUGACUGUAAUUGCUUAAGUAAUAAAGUGUCCACACCAUUUUAUGAAAAAUGUGACAUGUUUCUAUCAUUAUGUAAGCCGAUCGUCAUUUCAUUUACAUACAUUAUAAAAGGAUGCCGUGGUUCAUAAAUUACACAUAUAACUGUUUUGCCACGAGGAAGAGACACUACUUAAUCAAAGUUGACGUGAAAAAAAUGAAACUGUUCAUUUAUUCUGAAAAACAUACAAAAUGUAUAUAUGACAUUUAAGAAAUAAGAAAACAAAAUUUUA